UAAUAAUAAUAAAACAAUUAAUUAUCCAUAUGAAUCCUCACUGUCCAAACGCGUCCUCCUAUGGAAUAUUCAAAACAUUCUAUCUAUCUUUGGCAACGUACUUCCACCACCCUAUAAAUGAACCAACACAAACCUUAUCUUCCAAAGUUCUCAACCUUCAAAACUCAGACGUCCGUACCCAAUUUCGCAUCAGUCAACAGUCAUACACAUGACACACCACCCCAAAAUAAUCAAUUAAAAAUAGUAAAAUCGAGUGAGAGAGAGAGAGAGAGAGAGAGAGAGAGGUAAACGCCAACGUACUCAUAAAAGAACUCAUACUCAUGGUCGUUGCCACCAUGUAUCGGCGUCACAAGGCCAUGCCGAGAGAAGAAACUUUGGGCAUCCUUUCCUUUGACGCCAGCAAGACCAUGUGUAGCCUUAUUUCACUCUACAAAUCCCUCUCCGACCAAGAAUUCACAAAGCUACGCAACGAAGUGAUCAAAUCCAAAGGAGUGGCAUACUUGAAUUCCCAACACGAAUGCUUCCUCCUCAAUCUCGCCGCCGCAGAGCGCCUUGAGGAAGUCGACGCUGCCGCCGACACGGUCUCGCGACUCGGCCGGAAAUGCUCCGACUUUGGCCUUGCCCGCUUCGACCUCGUCUAUGCAGACCUCAAGCUCGGCCUCAUCGACCUCGGGACGUUGAGUUACGGCUCUCGUAACUCCGACAAGAUAAUUACCAAAAUGGAAAAGCUUGUCUCUUCUACCGAGAGCCUUCGUUCCGCCAUGGAGUCCAUGGGGGAAUUAGAGGCUUCAAAUAAAAAAAGACAACACUCGAAAAUAUUGGUAACUACCAAGAGUAGUAAUUACUCAACUCCAAACUUAGAAUACUUCAACGAGAAGAUGGCUUUUAAGAGAAAGCAAGUACAGCAUUACAAGGAAGUUUCAUUAUGGAACCAAACAUUCGACAAAACCAUUGGGAUCAUGGCUAAGGCUGUUUGCAUUAUCUACGCUAGAAUAUGUUCCGCUUUCGGAGCCUACAUUACUAACUGCAACUGCUAUAACAGCGUUUCCGACGACGACAACAACAACGUUCUUUUGGGCUUUGACUACUGUUGUUGCCUUUUGGAACACCGCGAGUUGUACCGAAAAAACUGCUGCCUUUACGAGGAAUCGCUUCAAAGACGUGUCACAAAAUCAGGUCCUAUUCCGAAAACCAAUAACAAAACCGGUGUGAUCCGAUUCUUGAACAAUCACUUGCCGCUUGAUUUCAACGGGGAAAUAGAUAAUAACAAGAUUGUGAAUAACAAUAACAAUAAGGUCUUGAGGUUGGCGCCAGCGUGGACGGUGGGAGGGGCGGGGCUUGCGGCGCGUUAUGCAGAAGUGAUUUUGUUUGCGGAGCGUUGUCUGCACGCGCCGGCGACGGUAGGGGAGGACGCGCGUGAGGCUUUGUAUGAGAUGUUGCCGGCGAGGCUUAGGGGGAAGGUGAGGGCGAAGUUGAGGGGGCGGUGGCGAGGGGAGGAAGAGGGAGAGGCGCUGGCGGAGGGGUGGCGGCAGGCGGUGGAGGACCUGAUGGAGUGGCUAUCGCCGGUGGCGCACGACACGGCGCGGUGGCAGGCGGAGCGGCAUAUGGAGAAGGCCAGGUUCGAGACGAAGCCAACGGCGCUGCUGCUGCAGACGCUGCAUUAUUCCGACUUGGAGAAGGCGGAGACGGCCAUUGUGGAGGUUUUGGUAGGAUUGAGUUGUGUAUAUCGGUGUGAGAGAAGGUGAAAAUUUAGUGUGUUAAAUCAGCUGAAAAGAGCAAGAUUUUGUAUUGUAGGGGGUAUUAAAAUUGCAAACAAAUAAGAUUGAU